CAGCAUUUAGAGUCACUCAAGACCAGAUUGGGUUUUGCAAAGUUCAAGUUACGCAAUGGUUGGGAAAAAAAUACACUUUUGGAUGUGGAAUCAUUUUGGAAAGAAAGACAACGGCAAAUGAUUGAUGCAUUACCGACACCCCGGUUUACACAACGUGACAUUCUUGACAAUAGAACU